AUGUCCUUCGGGUUAACCAACGCUCCGGCAAUAUUCAUGGACUACAUGAAUAGAAUUUUCCGUCCGUACUUGGAUAAGUUUGUUGUCGUCUUCAUUAAUGACAUUCUUAUUUACUCCAAGACAGAAGAGGAGCAUAAGGAUCAUUUGUGGAUUAUGCUACAAAUCUUGAAGGAAAGAAAACUGUACGCUAAGUUAACUAAAUGCGAGUUCUGGAAGAGUGAGGUAAAAUUUCUUGGCCACGUGGUAAGCAAGCAAGGAAUAGCUGUGGAUCCUGCUAAAGUUGAGGCAGUGAUGAAUUGGGAGCGACCAACUUCUGUGACGAAGAUUAGAAGUUUUCUAGGUUUGGUGGGUUAUUAUCAGAGGUUCAUUAAAGGGUUUUCACAACUCGCCUUACCUUUAACCAAGCCGACUAGGAAGGAUGCGCCGUUUGUCUGGACUCCAGAGUGUGAGGGGAGUUUUCAAGCAUUGAAGCAGAGGUUGACCACUGCACCUGUGUUGGUGUUCCCUGAGCUGAGUGAAUCGUUCGAGGUGUACUGUGAUGCAUCCUUGAAGGGUCUGGGGUGUGUACUGAUGUAG